AUGGCGUCCACAGCAGUAGCAAGUUCUUCUUCUCCUCCGUACACGGGGCGGUGGGAUUACGAUGUGUUCGUGUGCUUCAGAGGGGAUGACGUUCGGGAUAAUUUUAUGAGCCACCUUGAGAAACAUCUGUCUAAAAUGAAAAUCAAAACCUUCGUCGACACCCAGCUCAAAGUAACCCAGGACAUCGACAAGCUCCUCUCCAUCCUCAGAGGAACAGCGGUUUCGGUGGUGAUCUUCUCCAAAAACUUCGCGAAUUCGUCCUGGUGCCUUGAAGAAGUGGCCACCAUUGCCGAAAUCACUCAAAAAUUCGGGCACAAAACGCUGCCGGUUUUCUUCCGGGUGGAUUGGACCACCGUGGCCGGGGACGACGACCAUUCGCCGGCGCCUAAUGAAGAAAACAUCAGGUGCAUACUUGGUAACCAAAAUGAUAUCAGCUUCUGA